UUCUUGUGAUAGACAAACACACGACAUAUAGGAAGAUAAGAGCUAUAAAUUGUUAUUUAGUUUACCAAAUUGACACUGUUCUUUCUCUCAAGUGUGACUUGCAUACGGUUGUUGGAUAAUGCUAAAAAAUAACCAUCAACAAAAGGCAGUAGAUAUACCGAUAAACCGGGAGCCCAAAACGUUUGAACAACAUAGACGUGAAAUGCUCACUGGAUUACAGCAUAGACAUAAAGCAAGAAAACGACCUAAGCUCACAAAUACUUCACACAUUGAUACCUGGUCGGACGUAAUAGAUAAUUGGGUUGAUUCAUCUUGGCGCAGUUGGGAUGACGAGAUGCACAGACUGAGGCGUGGAAUGUUCGCACUUUUGGUAAGUUUUCGAACAAAAGAGUCAUAUUUAACCCAAAUCUCAUAAUAAUUAAAAUUGUUGAUGAGCUUAAACUUAAGCAUUAAUUUACAUGGUUUCUCAUCAAAUUCAUAGGAGUCAGCCAUUAAUAACUAUUUAAUUUGCAACGUCCAGACUUAUAAUUUAACGUAGGGGUGGGAAGUUAGAGUCUCACUAAUCAGAAAUUGUAGGCGAUACACCUCUUGAUACUUUUGGUCUGAGAUCAUCUUAUUCAGACCCAUUUGACCUAAUGAACCGAAUGGAGGGUGAGAUUGAGGAAAUCCGAAAUCGCAUAGGCUUGAGUAAAGCAUCAGGGAUUGGAGCCCUAAAUGAUUUCCUGAAGGACGCUUAUGAGGUCGGUGAAGACGGGAAGCUUUACUUCAAGGUACAUUUUGACGCCAAGGGUUUUACUCCCGAAGACGUCAAGGUCGAGUCCACAGAAAAUCGCUUGACCGUCCAUGCGAAGAAGGUUUCAGAGUCUGGUUCAUCGAAAUCUUCCCGCGAAUUUUGUCGGAUGAUUGAGCUCCCUCAAACAAUCGAGAACAACCAACUGAAGUGUCGCCUGACAGAAGAUGGCGUCCUUAUGUUGGAGGCUCCUGUGAAAGCUCCCGACUAUGAGUCAAUCACAUUCACGGAUGGUCGUAGACUUGGUAUUCAUCCAAAGUCAGCAGAUCAGAUCCAGUCAGUUCCAGCGUCAAAUGCACUUAUUGUGAAAGGUGUAUCUGGCCCAAUAAUUCUGGAAGAUGAAGCAAACAGAAAGCGUCUGCAUUUAGAAGUACCGGUGGACCCGGUGUAUAAGCCUGAAGAUUUAUGCGUAAACGUAGAUUCUAACCGUGUUGUUGUGUCAGGAAUAAGUCAUGAGAAAGACAGUGGUUAUCUUAACAAGAAAAGUAGCAGUUCAUAUGCAGAGUUUACUCAUUCGUAUGAAAUUCCAGAAACAGUGGAUCCGUUAUUAGUGACAGCGCAAUUAAUUGACAAUAGGCUGGUUUUGGAGGCUCCUUUGGUGAAACGACACACAGUCAGUCAUUAAUCUAUCAUAUAGAAAUGUAAUUACUCUGUGUAUCGGUUGGUGAAAUAUUUUCUGUGUCGUUUUGAACGUAUUACUUCCCUAGACUUGUGUGUAUGGCUUUUCAGCACACAUAAAUGUGUAAUAUAUACCUGGUAAUAAAUUUUAUACACUCUAA